AUGCUCCUGGACUUCCACCUCCGGCCGCUCAUCCGGCGGCUGCUCCUGUUCCUGGACUCCUACGUGACCAUCGACAUCUCCGGCAAGCCCGACUACUCCACGGACCGGAUCAAGUCCAGCGACGCCUAUGAGGAGGUGAAGGCGUACCUGAGCCCUGCGUGCGCGCGCGACACGCUCGAGCUCGACGGCGAUGGCGCCCCCGACGGCGACGGCUUCGUGCUCAGCCCCCGCGAGGGGCAGGAGGUGUCCGACGAGUUCAAGGGCGUCGCCGUGAGGUGGGCGUCGGUGCGGCCCGCCAGACAGAGCCGCGACCACCACUGCCUCCGCCUCACGUUCCACCGGCGCCACCGGGAGCUCGUCGUCGGCGAGUACCUGCCGCACGUCCGCCGCCGCGGCCGCGACGCCAUGUUCGGGAACCGCCGCCGGAGGCUCUACACCAACAAGAAGGACAUGGAUUAUUCUAGUAAGGUGUGGAGCUACAUUGACUUCGAGCACCCGACGACCUUCGACACCCUCGCCAUGCACCCGGAGAAGAAGCACAGGAUCAUGGACGACCUCGACGAUUUCCGCAGCAGCAGGGAGUACUACCGGCGCAUCGGCAAGGCGUGGAAGAGAGGAUGCAGUGGUGACAUCGUCGAUGGCGUGAACGGCGUCGGGGAUGUAGCGCAGACGCUCCUUGAACAUCCUCUCGGGGUAGCGGCGGCCUUCAGGAUGCCACUGGCACUGUCCCGGGCGUGGAACUCGCACUUCUGA